AUGGAAGAUUAUCCCUAUCCGAUUAUUGUAGAAGGUGACUGGUCGCCAGAACUCUCUAACGUUGUUAAGAACAAACUUCAGAUUUACUUCCAAAGUAAAAAGAAAUCUCGAGGAGGGGACUGCGCAGUUCAAUACGACGACCAGACUGGCAUCGCAACAGUUCGCUUUAAAUCAUCAGAUGUAAGAAAUAGCGUACUCUCAAAAGGGGAUCAUGCUCUAGCCAUUGACAAGGAAGAACUGAAAUUAAGAGUGCGCAAGCCCAACGAAACUGGUGGAGCGCCUGAGAAUGCCAGUUCGGAACUAGUAAUUGACUGUGAUGAAGUUCCAGGGACCACCCAUCCUGUGGCUGGUCCAGAUGAGAAGCUGGAAGACUCUCCUCAGACCAGUGCAGUGAUUGUGGAGAAUAUUCCAGAAAACUUUGCUAAAGACAUGUUGGGGCUCAUGGUGGAGAAAAUCUGUGACGUGACUGAAAAGGAAUUCUCUAUAGAAUUAAUCUGUGAAUUGAAUGCAGCCGUUCUGACUUUUAAUAACCCUCACAAUUUGAAGCAGUUUCUUCUGGGGAGCAGAGACGAUAAAAGGUUCCAGAGGCAUGGCCUGACAGCUCGGGCUCUGGAGAGGAGUUGCUGUGUGAGGGUGGAGAAUUUACAUCCACGUGCAGAUGAAGACUUUCUGGAGCUUUAUUUUGAGAAAUUUGGUGUAAAUGUGAAAUCAGUGUGCCUAAUUCCUUAUGAACAAGCUGCCGUUGUCACUUUACAAAAGCCAGAAGAAGCAGAGCGUAUUUUGAUGGAAAACCACACUAUCUGCAAAGUCCCAGUCAACAUAUACCCAUACUGUGAGUCCUUGGGAACAGCUCUGUAUGGCAGCAACAGACCAGAGUGGAAGUUGCCUGAGCCCUUCACAGUGGAUAUCCAUCCUGCCAUCCAAAAAUAUCUAUCAGCGAAGGGGCUGAUCUCUACCAUCAAUGCUGACAUGGGGAAACACUUCUGCAAAGUGAACAUGGAUGGUGCUGAAGUACAGCUCAGUCCUCUACCAGGCCUUUUAAAAUUAAAGGAUGAAACCAGCAAGUAUAUAAAGGGCUGGAGGCAGAGCGCCUCAGAUGCCUUUAAGAACAUAAUGUGCAACUUCAAUUUUUAUGAUUGUCCAAUACACCCCACCGUGUGGGCAGCAGUGGAGAAAGAGAUCGGUCAGGAAGUGAAAGAUCAGGCUUACUUUAGUAUGGAUACAGCUCAAGGGAUUUUAACACUGGCAGGAAUGGCAAAAAACAUUCUGCAGCUGAGGAAAUUCGUAGAUGAGUGUGUGCAGAGAGUUAUGAGACAGAUGGAAAGGGACAAGUCCAGCACUUCAGAGGCUAUGGAGAUGUCCGCCGCCAUGUUCUCUGUGCUAGAGCAGGAAGGGCUCAAGAAAUGUGCAGCAACUUUGAGUCCACAACUGUGCCUUACCUACAGAAAAGACAUGAACAAGCUUGUUCUCUCUGGCCUUCCAGAAGAAAUCCUUGUUGUGAAAAACUGGAUCCUUGAGAAGAGAAUAAAUAUAAAGCAGAAGCAAGUACAAUGUCAUCCCUCACUCUCUGAGUUUCUGAGAUCAGCAGACAGUGAUGAGUUGUCUAGAGAUCUGUUCACAUCUCAUGAAAUCAGUGCUGUUUAUAAAGUUGAAGAUGAAAAGAUUUUUUUGAUGGGUUUCUCUGACAAAACGCUUUCUGAUGCCGAGAAAAGACUCAAGACCAUACUCUCCUCUCAUGACAUUUAUGUUGAGGACAAAGCCGUGCUUGAAAAACCAGAGUGGAGGGAGCUGAGCUCUAAGCUGCAAGACCUCUACAACUCUCCUAAGAAGAGGGCUGUGCUCCUGAAGUUCUCUACUGAAGAGAGAAAUCGCCUCAUAAUCUGUGGUUUCACCCAGCCAGUUAUAGAAGUUAGCCAGAAUCUGGAAUGUUUUGUUAACAAACACACUCGAGUUGAGGAGGUCAUCCGUGUAAAAACCUAUGCAGUGAUGGCCUUUAUCAAAGAAAAUAAAUCACAGGACUGGAAGAAAUUUGUAAAGGAGCUUAACAUUCAUUUUCAUCCAAAACAACCCCGGAUCAAACUAUGUGGAGAACGGGUACACGUUGAGCCAGCCAGGAACUCAUUCGAGAAUAUCGCAGCCUCUCUGUUUACUGAUGAGUUGACAAUCACAAAGGCAGGGGCAAGAAAAUACUUCCAGGAGCAGGGAAGCUUAUUGAUAUCAAUGGUGAAAAGAGAGUAUGGCUGCAUGGUGGUGCUGCAGGAGGAUUACAUGCUGGAUGAAGACGAGGAGGAAGUUGAGAAUAGAACGGAAGAUUUUGGACGGGUAUCCUGUGAGGUGAGUACUCCAGGAGGAGGUAGAAUUACCGUCAGAAGGGCUGACAUUUGUCAGUUCAAAGUUGAUGCUGUUGUUAAUGCAGCCAAUGAAGAUCUAAAGCACACUGGUGGUGUAGCAGGGGCACUCCUGCAGGCUGCUGGCCCCUCUCUCCAACAAUGUUGUGAUCAUUACACAACAGUUCAUGGGAGACUGCAGCCAGGUGAUGCCAUAACCACUGAGGCAGGUCAGCUGCCCUGUAAACAUGUUAUUCACGCUGUUGGACCCCGUUUUUCAGACACUGACAAGAAAACAGCUGUAAUACGGCUGAAAAAGGCAGUAAGAGAAAGUCUGAGACAAGCUGUUAUUGCAAAUUGCUCCUCUAUUGCUAUUCCUGCCAUCAGCUCAGGAAUAUUUGGCUUUCCUCUUGAGCUUUGCACUGAAACCAUUGCCACUGCACUGCGUGAAUACAUUGAGGAGCAGAGCUAUGCUUCUAUGACCUCACUCACAGAGAUUCACCUUGUGGACAACAACUCCAAUACUGUGAAUGCCAUCACUCGGGCCAUUAAAAAGGUGUUCGCUGACUGGGACCCAAAAGUGACUAUACCCAAGCAGGCUGGCCAUUGUGGACAUGGUUCACAUGGACAUGGUUUCCAUGGAUAUAAGAACCGAGGUCAUGCACAUCAUGGAUCUGGAUAUAGAGAUUUUGAGCCGAGAGGGAGUGGACCUCACAGAAACUCACCAAGGGAUAGUGAGCAGCAAAGAUUUGAAAAUGAAGGAGGCAAUCAGAUGAGGAACCAGACUUCAUACACAAAGCCAGGAGGCAGAUCUCAGGGAUUUCAAAGGUCAGGUAUCCUUGAGACAAAGCGCACUCCAGAAGGACUCAAGAUUGUCCUUAGGAAAGGAAACAUCCAGGAUGCAUUGAGUGAUGUGAUUGUGAACUCCAUCUCUGAAGACCUGGACCUCAGUAAGGGUGCCGUCUCAAAAGCUCUCUUAGAGACUGCUGGUCCACAGCUGCAGACAGCAGCAAAUACAAAGGCUGGAGCUGCAAGACUCAAUUAUGGAGACAUUGUGGUGACAGAUGGCUAUAAGCUAAGGUGUGAGAGUGUGUUCCACACAGUAUGUCCCCUUUGGGACAAUGGUUCUGGCCCAGCUGAAGAUAUAUUGGUACAAAUUAUUAGAGGGUGCCUGAAAGAAGCCGAACAGCAGAGGAUGUCUUCCAUUUCUUUCCCAGCACUUGGGACUGGAAAUCUUGGCUUUGCUAAGGAUCUGGUGUCCCAGCUCUUUCUUGACGAAAUCCAGAGCUUCAGCUGCAAGUAUAGCCCUCAGUCUCUGCAGGAAGUGGUUAUAAUUGUGCACCCUUCAGACACAGAGACUGUAGAGUGCUUCAUCAAGAGUUUCAGGGGUGAGGCACAGGAUUCCAGUGCAAAAAGACACCGACCACAACACACAAGCUCUUCAGGUGGUCAGUCAUCCAAGUCCCUUGGUAUCUUUGGUGCGGUAUCUACGCCCACUCUGGGUGUGCACUCAGUCAAAGUUGGUCACCUUACCCUGAAGGUGUCAUCUGGUGACAUCACCAAAGAGGCCUGUGAUGUCAUUGUUAACUCUUCAAAUAACACAUUUUCACUGAAAACAGGGGUUUCCAAGGCAAUUUUAGAUGCUGCUGGAUCAUCAGUGGAACAGGAGAUUGUGAAUGGGUCAAACUCUCAGCAAAGCUCUGAGAUGAUACUGACCUCAGCAGGACGGCUUCCAUGCAGACACAUCAUUCACAUUGUUGGCCGGAAUGACCCUAAAGCUAUUAAAGACAUUGUGUACUCUGUUCUUAAAUUCUGUGAGGACCAGAAAUUUAAUUCUGUCUCCUUCCCUGCCAUUGGCACAGGUCAAGGUGGUGCAAACCCUUCGGCUGUUGCUGAUGCAAUGAUUGAUGCAGUGGUUGACUUUGCAAAGAAGAAGAGAAGUAAUGUGAAACAUGUGAAGUUCCUGAUAUUUCAGACAUCCAUGGUGUCAGAUUUCCAUCAGAGCAUGCUGAAAAGAGAGAAGGAAGGAGUUGAGGAGGAGAAAAGCAUCUUUACCAAGAUCAGAGUUGAUGCAGGUUUUAAGGUGGCAGGCUGGUUGGGAGGUGUGAGCGCAUCUUCAUCUCCAGAGGAAUCAUUUGUCAUGGCUGGUGAGGAGUUUGCUCCAGCUGUGUUCCAGCUGUGUGGAGAGAGCCCUCAAAGAGUGAGCCAAGCUAAAGAGAUGAUCAGAAACCUGAUACUGAAGGAGCAGUUAGAAACCAAAAUUGAGGAAGAGACAAUUGCUCACUUCACCCAGGAGGAGACAGACAAGUUAAAAGCACUGCAAAAGGAGUUGACUGUUAGCAUCAAGAUGGAAAAGAAGGGCCGAAACUCUUUCAUCUUUGUUGAAGGCUUGACUCGUGAUGUGUUCAGUGCCGACCAACGCAUUCGGGACAUGAUUCGAAAGGUGGAGAAGAGAGAAAUGCGUAGUCGAGAGGCCUUUCUAAUUAGUAGCAUGGUGGAAUGGCAAUACAAAGACCAGAGAGGUAACUUUGUGAGUUUUGACAUCCACACCAACUAUGACUUGGAGGAGGCUUUUGGACAAAAACAGUCACGAGUGCAAAUCAAGAUCAAUAACAUGGAUUAUGAAGCAGAUUUGGUACGGAAAAAGGCAGUGAGGGGGAACAAAGAGGUUAAACUGAAAAGGACUGAUCUCACAGACAAUAAAGCAUCAGUGGCCCUUCCCAGUGACUGGGAAGACAUGAAGGGUGCCCAGGUCAUCCAGGUGACUCUUAAACCAAAGUCUCAAGAAUAUAAUGAUGUGGAAAAGAAAUUCAAGGCAACUGGGUUGAGUGCUACAAUUAUUAAGAUUGAGAGAAUCCAAAACAGUUUGCUGUGGAGCAGUUAUGUGCUGAAGAAGAAACAUAUGGAUGAGAAGAACCAGCACUCAAGAAAUGAGAGACAGCUCUUCCAUGGCACCAGUGUCAACAGUAUCGAUCAGAUCAACAAUCAUGGUUUCAAUCGCAGUUACGCUGGGAUAAAUGGUGCUGCCAUUGGCAAUGGAACAUAUUUUGCUGUUGACCCAGUUUACUCAGCUCAGGGAUACGCCAGGCCUGACACACAGGGGCAUAAGCGCAUGUACUUGGCGAGGGUCCUGGUUGGUGACUACACUAAAGGAGCGGGAGGCAUGCUUGUGCCCCCUGCCAAAAACUCAGGGAACGCUGCUGACUUGUAUGACAGUGUCACUGAUAAUCCAAAUAAUCCAUCAAUGUUUGUGAUUUUCAAUGAUGUGCAAGCUUAUCCUGAAUAUUUAAUUACAUUCCAGUAG